AUGCCGUUCAACACCGAUUGGAUCCCUGGUGCUACGUUUUCUGGCGGCGCGUUUUCUCCUGGCAAAGUCGGCCCGAUCUCCACGGCCAAUCGAAAUCUUCUAAGCAACGUAGACAACGACCGCUUGAAUGAUGGAGACUCCAUCAACAACAGUUCGAUUGCUUCUGAUGACGAGACAAAUAUUGCUAGGUCUGAUGCUGACCCCGUAAUCAAAACAACCGGCGCCAUUGAGCGCGCCCCCAGUGCUUCACCUCCUGCAUAUCGCUUGGAGGUGCUUCCCCUUGGUUCCCCUGAGAACCCAAUUGAAAUAAAAGACAAAGAAGCCAAUACCGACGGAAGGAAUAAUGACGAAAUAAAUGAAGAUGAAAGACUAAACAGCCCAAGGUUCGACCCCGUCGAGAUCAUCCCUUUCCAAGCAACUGUUAUUGAUGAAGAGGAGGUCCUUUGCGCUCGAGACCGCAUCAGCAGGUGGUUCCUUAACCAUAUUCAACACAACUCCCAAAGAGUUUUGCAUGGUCGAUCCCGUCAUGCUCGCGCUGCCGCUGGACCAGUGGAAACGUAUUGGACGACCAACGAACUUAUGGAAUCUGUCUUGGAGGAGCUGGUCGAUAUCUUGAAUAACGCCUCCCGAGUUGAGUUGAUUCAUAUAUAG